UCGAGGACCACGUGUGCAGCAGCGUUCGUCCGUGGACCUGCGCCGACUUCCUAUCCUUCGCGCGCGCCUUCUCUGCACCACCCCUCUCCGCCGCCUCUCCUUCCCCGCCGAGCCAAAAAUUACCGGCGAUUACAGUUCUCUUCCUCCCCUCCCUCCCCUCCCUUCAAACAAGCGUAGCUCCGUCUGAGCGCACGUGUCGAAUUUUCUCUUUUCUCUUUUUUACGGGAGAUCGAGGUGUUCGUCUUGGAUCGUGUUGACCGCGUGUUCGAUCGUUGGAAAGGAGGAACGUUCCUCUACUUGGGAAAAGCGCGCGAAAAUCGGAGGGGAAAAGGAUCUGUGCUUGCGAGGCGACGAGGAGAGGAAUGUGGAGAAGGAGGAGGGCGAGGAGCAGUUGGCGGAAUCUUUCUGCCUAGGAUCGAUUUCGAAGCCGGUUCGCGGCCAUUGACGAGAUUGCAGGCCCUGCUUGGAUCUAUUCCAGAAAGUCUGUGGCGUGCCAAGGUCUCCUUCUCAUCUCCCUUUGAUCUUUAUUUGGAACGAUUACAAUUCCAAUCGGGGAUAUAUAUAUAUAUAUUUCGUUUCGAGAGAUUUUAGGAAAAUGGUGGAGAAGAGUCGUCCUUCUUAACCAUCCUGCAACGACCUGUGGGAUUUCCACCGAUUCCUUCCCCCCCCCUCGAUGCGAAAGCCGAGAGAAUUCGCGGCGGUGGACGUUUCGUUAUCCGAUCCCUUAAACUUCUCGAUUCCCAAGGAAUCUUGGGAAGGAAGGGCGGCUGUUCUUUGAAAAAAGCUUGUGAUGGUGGAAAGUUUCGAUAUACCUUCGCACGGGUGAUCGGUGCGGUGAAUUUUGCUGCCUUGGAUGGAUAUACACACAUAUAUACACAUAUAUACACGCCACGGUCAUUGCGGGUAUCGUGCUCGUCGUUGCAAGUUAUCGGCGACAGUGGCGCGCGGUUGGAAGGCCGAAAGUGCGGUAGAUUUUCUAACAGCGAGGAGAGGACCAGUACGCGUGUCCAACGCUUUGAUGGAGUGAACGGAUGAAAGAAGGGGAAGAGGCAGAGAGAGAGAGAGAGAGAGAGAGAGAGAGAGAGAGAAGGAAGGUUGUUGCGGUUGUGGAUGCGGUGGGACGGCAAGUUUAAUUAGUGUUUAACCGAGAGGAGAGGAAAAACACGAGCGAAGAAACGCUAUGGUGUGUCGUGUGUAAACGUUUCUCGGAGAAAUUGGUCGGGCGCGCGGCCGUCGAAUCGCGUCAGUUCGGCUCGGAUUUCGGUGGUGCGCGGACGAUGCGUGACGGCUCGUGCCGACUCGCCACGAUCGCGGCGAUCGCGGACGGGUACUCGGGCGCGAGAUGAAAGUGGAAAGUGGCAAGUAUCGGGCGCGGUGCUCGAAGAAUCGGCGAACAUGACUUAACGAGGAUCAGAGAGAGAGAGAGAGAGAGCUUCCUUCUUCGCUUAUUCCCAAACUGAUUCAACAAGGAUAAGGAAUAAUCGAGAGAACAUGUGGAGCGUACUGUUGCUCGUCGGACUAACCAAAGCUGUCUCCUUCGUCGCAGGGAUCGCUUCCAUCGUCGACGAGAAAUCGGUGCCAUUGGUCAAUAUCAGCGUGGUGGAAGGAAAGUCGGCGGAGUUGCCAUGCGACAUCACUCCACCGGGAGAGGACACCCUUCACAUGGUGUUUUGGUUCAGGGACGAGGCCGGAGUACCAUUGUACACGAUGGACGCCCGUGAGAAACCGGUGGCCAAAGCUCAACACUCCUCGGAUUCGAGCGUGUUCGGGCGGCGGGCGUAUUUCCGCACCGAGCUCCAGAAUCCCGCGAUCCUCGUGAUCAAGGACAUCAAGAGGCACGACGCGGCCACGUACAGGUGCAGGGUCGACUUCAGGAAGGGGCAGACGCGCAGCUUUCGCUACAGCCUCGUCGUGAUCGUGCCGCCUGAACAACCCGCCAUUCUGGACCAGUGGGGGAGGAUAGUGAACGGGACGGCGGGGCCCUACGAGGAGGGUGACACUCCCUCUUUGACGUGUCGCGUCACCGGCGGUAAGCCGGAACCUGUGGUGCGGUGGUUGGUGAACGGUGAAGUGAAGGACGAGGAGUACGAGAAGAACGCCGGGGACGUGAUAGAGAACAGACUCACCCUGCAGUCCGUCACGCGGUCGCAUCUAGGGGCGAAUUACACUUGCCAGGCGAGGAACACGGACCUGAUCGAGCCGAGAGAGGCCUCCAUUUCCCUGGAUCUCAACCUGAAACCGUUGACGACGACCAUAAGGAGGCCGGGGAGGAAGGAGGUGGGGAGCGAGUCUCUGCUCGCCGGGAAACGGUACGAGGUUGAGUGCGAGACGACGGGCUCGAGGCCACCUGCGGUGAUAACCUGGUACAAGGGGCGAAGAAGGCAGCUGAAGCACACCAAGGAGGAGAGAUGGGAGAAUCGGACUGUGAGCAUGGUAGAGUUCGAGCCAGGCGUGGAGGAUCACGGGAAAUUGAUCACCUGCAGGGCGGAAAAUCCAAACGUGACGGGGCUGUUCCUGGAGGAGACCUGGAAAAUCGACGUCGUAUAUCCUCCGAUUGUCUCGUUGAACCUUGGAUCGACGCUAAGUCCGGAGGACAUCAAGGAAGGCGACGACGUCUACUUCGAGUGUCACAUCAGGGCUAAUCCUGCCUGGUCCAAGUUGACGUGGAUACACGACAACCAGAUACUGGCGCACAACACGUCGGCCAGGAUAAUCUGGUCGAAUCAAAGCCUGGUGCUUCAGAGCGUGACCAGGAGUAGCGCCGGCAAGUACGUGUGCGCCGCAACGAAUGACCUGAACGAAACUCGAAGCGAGCCUCUUCAUUUUCGCGUCAAGUUCGCGCCAGUGUGCAAGGAGGACAGGAUCGUGGUGGUGGGGGCGUCGAGGGGCGAGUCGUUGAACAUAGCGUGCAAAGUGGAGGCCGAUCCUCCGGCGCACAAUUUCCGAUGGAAAUUCAACAACAGCGGGGAGACGCUGGAAGUAGCGCAGGGCAGAUUCUCGAUGGAGGCGUCGAGCGGCGUGAGCGUGUUCAGGUACACGCCGACCACAGAGCUGGAUUACGGUACUCUGUCGUGCUGGGCGGACAAUUCGGUCGGCAGACAAGCGAGACCGUGUCUCUUCCAGCUGAUAGCGGCCGGAAAACCAUUUCCGGUCCGUAACUGCACGCUCGCGAACCAGACUUACACCAGCGUCGAGGUGAAAUGCGUGGCUGGCUACGAUGGAGGGCUUCCGCAAAAAUUCAUCCUGGAGGUGUACCACGGCGACGUGGAUUUCCUGUCUAACAGCCAACCCCUCUAUAACGUUUCGAACGCCGACGAGCCGAGUUUCUCCCUCGCGGGGUUGGAGGCGUCCGUCGAGGCCGGGGUGCACGUAGCCGUGUACGCGGUGAAUGCCAAAGGUCGGAGUCAACCAGUCAUUCUCAGCGAGGUCACCUACAGGGAUGCGGAGAAACGCACCGGACAAGACGCUGGGAUCGUGUUAUCGCCCUUGAUAGGGGUUGUGGUCGGGGCGUUGGUCACCCUGGUGCUCGUCAUACUCGUGGUGGUGGUACGCGUGCGUCGGGAACGCGUGUCGAAGCCACGCCACGAAAAACCGGCGGAGCUGAGCGAGCUACCCCCGCAGCAGUACCCGCUGCAGAACCCUCAGCAAACCGUGGAAACGGACCCAGACGUUAUUCCGAAUAAAUUUGAGGGCAACCUGGCGGAAGUGAGCCCGCCGAGUUAUCCAGGUGGAUAUCCCCCGGGACACUGGGUCACGCCCGGGCCUACGCCAAGCAUAGACGAGCUCUGCCACAAAUUCACGGGGAGGCCGACGGAGCUGAGGUUACCAUCGAGGAGCACGUUGCCGAGUUUACAGAGCAUGCCCGUGACGGGAGGAGCGACGAUGGGCGGCGGUGGGCAGGGGAUGGUGGGGGCGCAGGGUGGCCUCCCUCUAGGAAGCGGCCAAGGUGUCGUCGUGGCGGGCGAGUGCCUGGACGGAGAGGCGAUCAAAAGACGAUUGAUGGCAAACAGGCUGCCGGAGAGUUGCGUCUAGGACCUCCCACGGGUUCGUGCACGGGGCGUGCUCAAGGGCGCGUUAAAGACAAUCGCGCGCUCGACUCGAGGCAACGAUGGAGAACUCGUGGAGAGGAACUUUAAAAUUAUCCGCCAAAAAUUCUUUUGUAAAAAUUGUUUUCACAGCUCUUCUCUUCCCUUCCUCUCUCCUCUCCUCUUUCCUUCUUUCUUCCCGCCUGGAGGAGGAAGGAGGAAAGAAGAAGAAGAAGAAAGAAUCGGAAAGAAAACUCUUCCACCUGAGCAACAUGUUCCGAAGUAGUCUUCUUCCCCUGCAAGAAGUCGGCGUAACUAUCCCCUCUCCGUAUGUUCGUAUCCCCCUUUCUUUCCCUCCAACGAACCAGCCAUCCGAUCCCUCAAAUAAUUGGCAAUCCUCGAAGAAGAUACAGCUCCUUCUUCUCUUAUUUCCUUUUGCUCUUGUCGAUUAAAAAUAAACGAAUUCACGUCCUGAAUCGAAUCCUCGUCGAGAGAAUCCUCGGCGAGAAAAGAUAAAGGUUGAUUCCGUUCCGCUCCUUUCCUGGCCGGAAUGAAGAUGGAUCGAGGAACGGGGCGAGAAUAUGUGGCAAGAGGAGAGGGGAGGAGAUAACGCGAUGUUACCGUGCCGAGUGGGGGGAGGGGAAGAAGGAAGGGCGGUUGAUCGAGGCUGAUCAAUCAGUUUCGGUUCCGACAACGGGGAAACGUACACUCGGUGAGGGAGCGAAUAGUUACGAAAAGUGAAUUUGUUACGAAACACGAUUUUAUACGUCGUCGUCGACCUUGUCUUCGUUCGAUUAUUUUCUUCCCGAAUUUCUUCGCGUGCUCGAACGGGGAUCGGGGGGGGGUUGUCGCAGAGUUGUCAAGCCAACCACUCGCUCGUCCUCUCUUUCCGACUGUCGGCGCAUCGACAACAGCGGAAUCGACAAUAAACGCGAAUCGCGAUUGCGUCGCGAUCGAGUCGAAUCGAAGUUUGGUACGAGCGGUCGGUAAGUUAGUUUUUCAUCGAGAAUUCGCGUCGCGAUGUGAUCGCGAUGUAAGGAGAAAUUUUGGAAAGAAAGCGAUCGUCGAAAUUGCUGACCGUUCUCCUAAUUUCGAUUCUUUUUCCUUUCUCUCCUUUUUUUUUUUUUUUUUUUUGCGAGAUAAGCACAGUAAGAAAAGUACUCCAAAAGGCGAAGCGCUUUUACAUACACACACGGAUGAAAAAUUGAAUUUGCAAGGUCGGGCUUCCAUCCGUGGCGACGGAGUCACGAGGCUUGACGGGGAAGCUGGAAGUAAAAAGUGACAAAGUGUAUUCCUAGGAGGGCGAAGUGACGCGAAACUUUGUCCGAAACUCUCUCGCUCGAGCUUUGAACGAAUGUGAAUCGAGAGAUGGAAAGUGAGUGGAAGAGGAAUAUAAAUGUUGAGUUAUCGCGUGCGUGACGUCGCGUUCACCCUUUUCCUUUCGAAACUGUACUGUAAUCGAAAAGUAGGGAGCAACGAGAGAACAAGUGAAAGAGAAAGGAAAAGGGAGGGGAAAGAGGAAACUCGUUAAUCGAUGUAUCGUAUCAAUUGUACAUAAGUACGUAUCGUUGAAGAAUCUCCCCCUUGCGCGGAGGGGAAGGGAAGAUGGCGCGAGAAUGUCGUGGUAAUUUCGAUGUUCACACGGGAUUCAUCGAUUUCUCGUUCGAGUGGCGUGUCGGCGGCUCGUUAUUUUCCUCCUAAAACGUUCCUCGUCAAAACUCGAUCUUCGUUAAUUAAGAGCAACAUGGCGACGAAUAGAUCGCGGAACCACGUCGGGACAAAUUUUCUAUCGAAAAAUAUCUCCUAGUUUAUCGACCGUCGAUAUGAAAUUUAAGGCGAUAUGAUUUUUAAGGGGAGGGGGGGGUGAAAAACGAGCCGAUCGACGGGAUCACGCUUUUUUCACGUCCAUGAACAUUAGCCUAAAUAUAAAAUACGGAAAACGGUCGUGAUCCGGGAGAUCGAAUUUUUUUUCCAGCGUGAUAAGAAUAGGAAGACGAGUUUUCUUUUGCGGAGCUCUCUUCUUUUUCUAUAUAUACAUAUAUACAAACUCCCCUUUUUUAUAACGAAUAUUUCGACAAAUUUCGAUGAUGAUGGAAUUCUUCGAAUUCUCUAAGAAGAAAGAAAAAGAAGAAGAACGCCGCCUGUGAGAGAGGGAUACGAUAUAAAAUCCAAAGACUAACGAAUACGUGUACAUAAUCAGAUGAAGCGAGGGUUAAAAUGUAAAUCGAAUUGUAUUUUAAGUUCACUGUAUAGGGGGAGGGGGUGAUUUCAUAUCAGAACUCCAUAUCGUCUAUUAAACUCGUAUGUAUAUACUACAUAAAGUUUCGAUCUGAAUAAACUGUUUAACUGUCCGAACUGAAUCGAGCUUUGAAUCUCCCUUACCCCCCGAGGGCUGGCCAAAUCCUCUCUCUCUCUCUCUCUCUCUCUCUCUCUCUCUCC